AAUCACGCUGCUGAGUAAUAGGAGCCUGGUCAAUAGGGCAAAUGGGGCACUGCCAACCCCCACCUGCCAGGGGCUGGCUCUGCCUGACAUGGCCUCUGGCACUGCCUACUGUUGGUCUCCCUGGCUGUUAUGGGCAUUUAACCCCCUUCUUCAUUUCUCUUCCUUCCUUCAAGAUUUCAUCCAUGCCACCCGAGCGUUCAUGUUCUUCGGGAUGAUCGCUGGAGCCGUCUCUUGCAUUAUUCUUUGUGGAACAUUUUUUGACUUCCAGUGUGGCUUCCUCUCCCAGGCCAGGACCUCAGCCAUAGCCAGCCUUGCUGCAGCUGGUUGUGUCCUGAUUGCCAUGGCCACCUUCACAGGGCGUGAGGGAACAGUGUUCGGUCCUGAAGUGUCUUAUGGAUGGUCUUUCGGCUUGGGUUGGGCCUCCUUUCCUCUCUUCCUUAUUACUGGUGGGCUGGCUUUCCCCUUGGAUACUGCUGGGUCAGCAUGAGCAUGAAGAAAAGGCUGUGCUUCCACUUCAGAUGACACCUGGAGCCAAGUUGAUACAGUGGGGCACAGAUAUGCAGCCUGCACUGGGGCAAGUUUGAGCUGAAGGAAAAUGAAUGUACUUUAGUGAGAAGAAACAGAAACAAGGUUUCUUUGUAAUAAAUUGGAAUCCUUUUCCUGAAUACUGUAGAACAGG